ACCCCACUCUUUGCGCAUGGGCACUGUGGCGCCCCUUCUGUUAUUUUAAUGCCACUAUCAUUUCUCCUAUGAAAAUGGCGGCGAGUCACGGAGGCGGAGGAGCAGCCACUGCUCUGCAAAGCCAUAACUACCCGACUGGACCACAUUGGAACCCGGGUACCUUCCAUCCCCAGUACCAUCUCCACACAGCGCGGAGCUUGGAUCGCGCCCUGGAGGAAGCGGUGUGCUCGGGGAUGCUUAGCAUUAGCGGGAGGAAACUGAAAGAUUUCCCCGGGAUGAGCUAUGACUUGACCGAUACAACACGGGCAGAUCUCUCAAAGAACCGUUUUCUUGAAAUCCCUCCAGAAGUGUGUCUCUUUGCUCCUCUGGAGUCAUUAAACCUGUACCACAACUGCAUCAAGGGGAUCCCAGAAGCCAUCAUAAACCUACAGAUGUUAACAUACUUAAAUAUCAGUCGAAACCUUCUAUCAACACUGCCAAAAUACUUGUUUGACCUUCCUCUAAAAGUUUUAGUACUGAGUAAUAACAAGCUUGUAUCGAUUCCAGAGGAAAUUGGGAAAUCAAAAGACUUAAUGGAGCUGGAUAUCAGCUGCAAUGAGAUUCAGGUCCUUCCUCGGCAGAUGGGAAAGCUACAUUCCCUCCGAGAGCUCAAUAUAAGAAGGAACAACCUCCAGGUGCUUCCAGAGGAGCUGGCCAACCUUCCUCUGGUCAGGUUAGACUUCUCCUGCAACAGAAUCACAGACAUUCCAGUUAACUAUAGGAAGUUAAGACAGCUUCAGGUGAUUGCACUGGAUAACAACCCAAUGCAGUCCCCUCCAGCACAGAUUUGCUUAAAGGGUAAAGUACACAUUUUUAAAUACCUAAACAUCCAGGCCUGCAGAAUAGACAAGAAGCCGGACUCUCUUGACCUGCCUUCGUUAGGCAAAAGGAUCCUAUCGCAGCCUCUGACAGACAGCAUGGAAGAUUUCUACCCCAGUAAAAGCCACGGCCCGGACUCAGGCAUUGGCAGUGACAAUGGGGACAAGCGCUUAUCCACGACAGAGGUGAGGGCUCUGCUCCCUGCGGAUUCCCAUUUGUGUUUCAGUUUGCCAUCCGACGAUGACACCAUCAGCCUGCACUCUCAGGUAUCAGAAAGCACGCGGGACCAGGUCAAAGCAGACAGCCACUCCGCGGGAACCAGGCCCGACGUGAAUAAAGAUCAAGAGCCAUAUGAUUACAUCGACCCCAACACAGAGGAAGACACACCCCUCUCCGAGCCAGGGGAUGUGCAGAUCAGUGAGCCCUUCAUGUCCUGUAUGAAGGAGCUUGGGAGAGUCUUGAGUAAAUCACACAGAAUAGAGGAAAAUGACAAUGGGACAGAAGAGUGGAGCACUCAGAAAGAGCAGCAGCUUGCUGAGGAGGAAGAGGAGGAGGAGCAGGAGGAGCUGAAGGAGGUCAUUGACCUGCGGAAGAUAGCGGUGCAGUUACUGCAGCAGGAACAGCAGAACAGACGGAGGCCUUUAGUAUGUAGAGCCACAUUCAAUGAGAACCUAAUCCAGAGGAGAAGGGCGGCUGGACGGGCACAGAGGUUUCUUAGCCAGUCCUCUAGCAGUUCAAGUAACAGACACAAGCCUUCCCACUCUAAUAGAAGUGUGUCCGCGGAGGAGGGCAGCACACCAGUGUCCCCACACAGCUGUAUGGAGCCAGAGUUCACUGAUGAAGACACUGCAUUCUCUCAGUCUUCGGGCUCUUUGGAGGAUGAUUCAAAGCAGGAUCAAACGGACUCGGAGACUCACCCUGUAGUGUUUCAUAACGAAGAGAGGCGGCGAAAUAAAUAUUUAAGAAAAGAUUAUAUCAAGUAUAAAUGCCAGAGCUCUUCAAGAAAAAGCUCGAGUGGAAAUGAAAAUGACAGUGAGGAUGGCAUUAAACCUACAGAAUACAGAACAACGCUGACAGUGUUUGGUCUCAAGCCCAGAACAGCAUUCACCCGACCAAGCCGGCAUGACAGUAGCUCUGCAGACCCCGGGUUCACCAUGCGGAGGAAAAUGGAGCAUCUAAGAGAAGAGAUGGAGCAGAUCCGGCAGCUUCGCCAUAACCUUGAGUCCAGGCUGAAAGUCAUGCUGCCAGAUGAUGUCGGUGCUGCUUUGAUGGAUGGCGUCGUCCUUUGUCAUUUAGCUAAUCACAUUCGACCUCGUUCCGUGGGCAGCAUUCAUGUGCCCUCCCCAGCAGUGCCUAAGUUAAGUAUGGCGAAGUGCAGAAGAAAUGUUGAAAACUUCUUGGAUGCGUGUAAGAAGCUGGGUGUUCCACAGGAAAAACUGUGUUUGCCUCACCAUAUUUUAGAAGAACGAGGAAUGGUAAAAGUUGGCAUAACGGUCCAAGCUCUUCUAGAACUGCCCGCAUCACGACCGACGCAGCUGUCUGCUGUGUAGUGCACCACUGUUAAUAUUACUUUCAGCCUUGAGUUCAUUACUGUUUGUGCACAAAACACUGUCUUUGCCAAUAUCUGAAAAUAUGAUGUAAAUACAAUCCCAGAUUUGAUACCUGGAAAGGAACAUACCACACUUUCUGUCAUUUUAUUUUGCUUAUUAAAGACAAAAUAGUUCCAAAUGCAAUUUUAAAGUUAUGGAUAAACUACCCAUGGUUUUAAUAAUUAUAGAAACUCAAUGGUAACGUAUACACAAAAAAAAGAAUUCCGGAAAAAUGUUUCAACAAAGUCUUCAGCUGUUCAGGCAGUGGUCAGUUACCAGAUUUGAUUUGAUUAACUAAUACCCUGCUGAGAUAAAGCACAGCAUUUUCCACCUGUCAACAGCAAACAAAUCAUUACCCCAAAAAAUAGGCGAUGCCAUCCAAUGGGGAUCUAUCCUGACUGGGUAGAAGUCGACCAAAUCAGCCCCUAAAUAUGAAUCGCUCUGUAGUGUUAGCAGGAGGGCCAGGCUCAGCAGGUGGCCGCUGUCCAGAAUAUUAAUUCAGAUACGUAGUUUACAUUUUUCCUGUAGUGUUCAGCAACGAAUGGAGAGAGGUAAUGAAUGGUAUGCAUUCAUUCAGUGAGAAGUGCCAAUCUAGGUGCUUUUUAUGCUUACACUUGAAGUGCUUGUGAAUUUGGCAUUUAGCAUUUCCUUAGUUAUUUAUUUUUGUCACAUUGUCCAUCACAGGAGGGUAGUUUCCAAGCUGUACUUUUGAAAAUACAAAAGUUUUUUUUUUGUUUGUUUUUGUUCUUCUUUAUCAUGCUGCAUACAGUUUUGGAGAAAAAACAAUCUGUACAUUAAAGUAUUUGUAUUUUUAAUUUGAAAACUCUUUUAAGAACAGAACAUCAGACCUGCGGAUGCCCUGUUCAUUGUAGAUUCAUUGUAAAGAGUGAUUGGCAUUGGUUAUUGAGUUAAUGUGUCCUAGCUUGUGCUGCCAGAGCCCUAGAAAACCUUUAGUUAUACAAAUUAAUAUUGUAUCUGGUAAAAUAAGAUGUUUGAACAGAAAGCUGGUAAAUAUUACUGCUUUUUUUAAAUUUCCAAAAGUGAAAUGAAAGAUUUUAUGCUAAAAUAUAAACCUUUACCUGCAUUUAAGGUAGAGGAGCCUUUUACAAAGUACUCAAAAACCAGAGCUCUUAAAAAUACAGCCCUGAAACUGCACUGAGUCACUGAUUCCAUUAGAAAUCUUUAUUUUCACUCUCCUUUAGUAGUCUUUCCUCUGUCAUCUCCAGUCUGGAUUAUUUAUUAUACUGAAAAGAUUCAUAUGGGAUUUAGCAAAUGUAUUAAUAAUACCAUGGUAAUUGAUUUUAUAUAACCCUAAUAAGUAAUCCAGUACAUCUUCUGGGAUAUCGGGUACUUACUUGUUUUGUGUUUUACUUCAUCACUUUGAAAAACUGUUAAGCUGACAAACCUUUUUUGUAUUAGUUGUAUAGGGGGCUGUAGAGAAUGCACUGCAGUGGAUCACCUGCUUAUGAUACUAGCUGUAUGAUGUAGAGAAUGCACUGCAGUGGAUCACCUGCUUAUGAUACUAGCUGUAUGAUGUAGAGAAUGCACUGCAGUGGAUCACAUGCUUAUGAUACUAGCUGUAUGAUGUAGAGAACGCACUGCAGUGGAUCACCUGCUUAUGAUACUAGCUGUAUGAUGUAGAGAACGCACUUCAGUGGAUCACCUGCUUAUGAUACUAGCUGUAUGAUUUAGAGAACGCACUGCAGUGGAUCACCUGCUUAUGAUACUAGCUAUAUGAUGUAGAGAACGCACUGCAGUGGAUCACCUGCUUAUGAUACUAGCUGUAUGAUGUAGAGAACGCACUAGCUGUUAGGUGUUUGACAUAUCUUUAAAUGUCACUUCUAUAUGUUUUAUUGGGUCCUCAAUGAAAUGCUGUGAAACUUGGAAAUGUAUUUUAGUUUAAAUUCAUACUGUGUGUUAUGUUCUGAAAUAAUAUCUGAGGAUAUUUUAAAGUCCAUGUUCAUGUACUACCACACACCUGGACCCUUCUUUGCGAACACAUGACACUAAUUCAUAGAUAAUCCAAAUGGAAAAGUUCAGGUUUCAUCUGAUUAGACCCCUUCAGAUCUGGGCGAGGUGAAUCAUCAUAAAUAUACUGUCACAAAGCUGUCUUUAGCAUUCUACACCAAGCAUUUCAAUAUUGAUUUAAUAUAGUCAAUUCUCAUUAAUGUGAAUUUCAAGGGACCAGCAAAGAAAAUUGUCUUAUCAAGAGUCUAAAGCCAAGUGUAUACUGUCAGUUUUUAUUGAAGUUUCAUUAACACUGAAUUCAAAUGUUUAUUUCAGAACAAUGAAAAGUAUUGUACAUUUAAAAGUUCUGGGCAUUUUAUAAAAAAUAUGGAGUAUUGAGUAAAUCGGAAACGCUGAAGACUUGCAUCCACAGUUUGCUGUUCAUAAGCCUGUACUGUUGCAUCCCAGUUUUUCAGAUGCACAGUUUGCUGUUCAUAAGCCUGUACUGUUGUAUCCCAGUUUUUCAGAUGCAGUUUGCUGUUCAUAAGCCUGUACUGUUGCAUCCCAGUUUUUCAGAUGCAGUUUGCUGUUCAUAAGCCUGUACUGUUGCAUCUCAGUUUUUCAGAUGCAGUUUGCUGUUCAUAAGCCUGUACUGUUGCAUCCCAGUUUUUCAGAUGCAGUUUGCUGUUCAUAAGCCUGUACUGUUGCAUCCCAGUUUUUCAGAUGCAGUUUGCUGUUCAUAAGCCUGUACUGUUGUAUCCCAGUUUUUCAGAUGCACAGUUUGCUGUUCAUAAGCCUGUACUGUUGCAUCCCAGUUUUUCAGAUGCACAGUUUGCUGUUCAUAAGCCUGUAUUGUUGCAUCCCAGUUUUUCAGAUGCAGUUUGCUGUUCAUAAGCCUGUACUGUUGUAUCCCAGUUUUUCAGAUGCAGUUUGCUGUUCAUAAGCCUGUACUGUUGUAUCCCAGUUUUUCAGAUGCACAGUUUGCUGUUCAUAAGCCUGUACUGUUGCAUCCCAGUUUUUCAGAUGCAGUUUGCUGUUCAUAAGCCUGUACUGUUGUAUCCCAGUUUUUCAGAUGCAGUUUGCUGUUCAUAAGCCUGUACUGUUGCAUCCCAGUUUUUCAGAUGCAGUUUGCUGUUCAUAAGCCUGUACUGUUGCAUCCCAGUUUUUCAGAUGCAGUUUGCUGUUCAUAAGCCUGUACUGUUGCAUCCCAGUUUUUCAGAUGCAGUUUGCUGUUCAUAAGCCUGUACUGUUGCAUCCCAGUUUUUCAGAUGCAGUUUGCUGUUCAUAAGCCUGUACUGUUGCAUCCCAGUUUUUCAGAUGCAGUUUGCUGUUCAUAAGCCUGUACUGUUGCAUCCCAGUUUUUCAGAUGCACAGUUUGCUGUUCAUAAGCCUGUACUGUUGCAUCCCAGUUUUUCAGAUGCAGUUUGCUGUUCAUAAGCCUGUACUAUUCUUGUAUCCCAGUAUUCAUGGGAAUGUUUUGAAAUCUGCAGCAGCAUCUUUCUUUUUCUUGUACAGUGGUGCGUUAUCCACCGCUUUCAACAUCUCAAUUUUUGUCUGCAAGGAUAGUGCAUGUUUUUGCGUGAACACUAUGGCAACUCAAUAUGCAUCAUGGGAUCUGUAGUCCCUAAACAGCACUAAAAUACAGUACAUGCAUACAUUUCCCAAUAUCCUUUCCACUCAACUGUUCAAACUAGGGCAUUUAGUUUUAUUCACAUUUUUCUUACGUGGGAGGGCUCCAAAAUAUUUUGCACUAACAGGAAAUCUGUGUUAAGUGAAUUCAUAUUAUAAGUAGUAAUUUACAAUAAGUGACUGCUAAAUUUGGCCGGGACUCUGUGGGAAAUUCUUACUGUCAGAAAAUGUGUCAAAUGAGAGUUUGUUUGAACGAGAUUGUAUAAAUAACAGAAAUGGAGUACAAGGAGCUCUUUGCUUAUGUUUCUGAUGUCUUCAGACAGUUGUGAUCACUCUCACAUACCAUAAAUACAUUUAUAGAUUUAUUAUUGUGUCAUUCUCAAUAAUAUUUUCAACAAAAGACAUUUACAGUUGCAGACAAAAGUAUUGGCACCCUACGUGUAUUAUACCAUAAUUCAAGGUAACAGAUUAAGGAUUUAGCAAACUAUAAACGCUUUUUAAUAAAAACAAAAUACAGAAUUUCUAGUAAUCUAACCAAUUAUAUUUCUAAAAAAUCAAACAAGCUUAUUUCAAUAUGUUCCACUUGUUGGUGAAAUCUGGGCCCAUUCUGUCUUGCAUAUUUCCUUCAGCUCAGACAGAUUGGAUACACAAUAGUUGGCUAGAUCUUUUUUCAGAUCAGUCCAAAGCAUUUCUAUUGGAUUGUGAUGUGAUGAUUGCAAAGGUCAUUCCAGAAAUGUUGUUUUUGUUUUCUUAAAUUCCAGAGAUGACUUAGUCGUGUGGCUUGGGUCGUCGUGUUGGAAGAUAAACUGUCUGCCAAUCAGCCGAUGAGCAGAUGGAACCAUUGUACUGUGUAGAAUGUUUUGAUACAUGGCUGUAUUCAUUCAAUCUUCAAUCACAUGAAUGUCUCCAGUCCCUGAACUGGUAAAACAAAACACCCUGUAUCAUGAUCAUACCACCUCCAUGUUUAUUUUAGACCAGAGGAUUUUGUUGAAUGUUCUUUGAAAGUGUUUUGCAGCGAGGUCUACGUCUACAGCUCUUCUGUGUUCAGGUGCCUUUGUACAGUUCUUUCAUGCACUACUAUGCCUGAUGAUUCUAAAUCUUUCUUAAGUCCUUGGCUGUUAACCUUGGAUGUUUUUUGCAGCUCGGACUAUUCUCCUACCUGCUGUACCAGUGGGUGUUCUUGAUUAUUGCUCUUAUUGUGGAUUUUGAUGGUUCAUAUUUCUGAAGCCAUUUCCUUUGUUGUAGUUUUGCUACGAGUGCUUUUCUCAAAAUUGAAUCCAACUCCUUUUUCUUGACCAUCAUCUGCUGUGUUGCCAAAAUGUUGUUCUUCAACAGGGGUUGGAAAUAGUGAGCUCUUUUUCCAGAUAAUAACUUUUAGAAAGCGGCUUUGUUUGCUGUGUAAUGGUUUUCAAUCAAUUAAUAUAUUUUUGAAUUAGUUCUAUUAAAUUUUUACAGACUUUUAAUGUAAAGGUGCCAAUAUAUUGUCGUAAACACAUAUUUGAAAUUGCUUGAGUGCUUUUUAUAAAGAUUGUUUGUUAAACUAUCAGAAAUUGUGUAUUUUGGUCUUUUGUCAUAAUAAUCAGUGGCUAAUGUUCACUAAAUUCUUGUAUUUGAAUGAUCUUAUAUUAAGUAUAGGGUGCCGAUACUUUUGUCUGAAACGUGUAGCAUUCGAGUGAAUUUCAAGUUCCAGGUUACUUUUUUUUUUUUUUUU